CAGCCUUUGCCUCCUGUAGAUCCAGUAUUUGCUGCCAUGGCGUCUCUUAAUAUUGCGAAGAUGGUGCUUGACAAGGACAGUUGGGAGAACAUACCUCCCAUGGUUUUCAAGUCCUUUCAGACCACGAACACAAAUAUGAAUGCCAUCAAGAAAUGGGCUGACUUCUAUGAAAGCCGUGCCAAGAGCCAGACGGAUUUUUUGGGCAAGAUGGAGGAGAAGCUCAUGUCAGUGGAGCAGAGUCUUGCAAACGUGCAAGAACGAAUGGCCAGUGGUGAGCAAAACCUCGCGGGGGAGUCUGCUGCUGUGAGGCAGCAGGCUUUAACCUGUGCCCACACUUUCCAGCGCAUGGAGAAAUGCUUGGCAGUGGUCUUCAGCCAGAUCGGCCAGACCUUUGGACUACAGAUAGAUUGCCUUGAAACAAAUCCAGGAGCUGUGGAAGGUGAUCACACGGAUGCAGUUCCAGAGGCAGAGCCACCGAGCCAAAAUGGAGUGGCCAUGAUGGAAACUUCAGUUCUUGGUCUAGAAAGGGAGCUGGAGACGCUGAACACGGCCUUUGAGAGAUGGAGAGCAGGUCAAGCGUUAGAUCAAGAGCGGCAUGUUUCUUUGCAAACUUCGAUCCAGGAGUUACAUCAAGCAUGUCAACAAUCCGAAGAGAAGAUCUCCAGCUGCCAAGAGACUCUUGAGGAACACUCUCGUGGAAAUGAAACGCUAAGUGGAAGUCUUGCUGAAACGCAAGCUGCAGUGCAAGAACUGCACUCAACACGCGUCCAGCAUGAAGACGUGGAGACGGCGGUGCAACGAAAGGGCGAGGAACUGGAGCUCCAACAAAGAACCACCUAUCAGCAGAUGGAAAGAUUGGGACGUCGCAUUGAGGACCACGUGUCUGAAGUGCAGAAGCUGGUUUCGGACAUGGGUCGGCAGACGGACGACAAGGUGGAGGACUACAGGAGCCAGGUCGCAAAAAUGGUGGAAGGACACAUGAACCCGCUGAAUGCCUACCUCAACACCAUGCACGUGAAAACCGACGUCAUCCGCGUAGACUUGGAUAAGCUCAGAGACCAGGCGCCAACGCUGGUCAGCAGCAUCCAGGAGAUCAUGAAGAAAUUGGAGGAACUGCAGCAGGCUCAUGAAACCAAAGCCUCAGAAUUGCACGAGUCCAUGGAUGACAUGAAGAUCAACAUGGUUGACAACGUGGACAGACAUGAUGGGCAACAUGAGCAGCUUAGUAAGGCAAUGCAGGACAUGUCCGAUGCUCUCGACCUUCGCCUGAAAGCGAUCACGGAGUUUGCAGACAAGACCUCAGAGUCUUUGGAAGUUGUGAAGCGGGAGGACCUGAGUGGUCUUGCCCGAGAACUCCUCUUUUUGGAUCAAAAGGUUGCCAAGUGGGUGCAUUCAAACCCGCUACCAGCCAAAAUCAGCGAGGCCAGACUUUACUCCCUAGAAGCGCGGCUGGCAGAUGAAAUGGAUGCACGGAUUGCUUUCGAGAGCAAGGUUCAGAGAGGUAUGCAAAGUCCUCGACGGCUAACUGGACAAAGCGAAGAUCUUGAGCCUUGAUCAAUUUGAGACAAGGAUUUGGAUUCCCCUGAGCCUUGUUGGAUUUGGAUGGGUGCGAUUUAUGCUAAGGGUAUCACUAUAGUAUCGCUUUUUUUGGGUUCCGGCACAUCUAGUGCAAGACCUGAGGUUCUACCGCAAUUGCAACUGUCUCAAGAGUCCUUUGGACCAGGCUAUGCAAAGAAUGGACCUCCAAGUGGUCGAAGGCGGCUAUCUCGUGAUUUGCGGAUGUAGACAAGGUUCCGGAGGAAAAAAAAAACGAUGGGAAUAGCAUGAACAUCUA